AUUUUGAGUUGUAGAUAUCAUGGACAAUGAUGUGGCUGCCCUGCAAAAUUUGGAACACCUUAUGACUGAGUUCUUCUCUCCAGAGACAAGCAAUGAGCGAAAACGCACGAUUGAGAGAAGUUUUCAGGAAUUCGCUGGACAAAUUGAUUCUUGGCAGCCUUGUUUACAUUUUUUGUCUUCUACCAAUAAUCAUUAUGUUAGUAUGUUUGCUCUGUCCACCUUGGAGACAACAAUUGGAAGGCGGUGGCCAAUUCUCCCAUGGGAGGACAGAGCUCUCACAAGAUCCACUCUAUAUACAUUAUCAUUAGAAAGAGGUGUAGCCCCUUUCGUAAGAAAUAAAGUAGUCAAACUAGUCGUAGAUAUUGCUAGGCAUGACUGGCCACAUUUCUAUCCAGAUUUUUACUCAAAUAUUUUACAGUUAUUAAGUCACAAACACACAAGACUGCUGGGACUCAUCUACUUGAGAACAGCUUCAGAGGAAUUAGCAACACCAAGGAAAGAUUUGUCUGUACAGAGAAAGAAUGAAUUGUUUAGGUUUCUUAGUGCUCAAGUGCCUUUGACUUUGGACACUCUCACAAUACUUUUAAGAGAAACAACAAAAUUACAAAGCCGAUCUGGAACAGUCACGCCACCUCCUUCACCCACCAGUGGUCAGACCAUAGCACCUGCAAGGGCUAUUUUGGAUGUGGAAGGACUAGCUACAGGAACCAGUGAUGUCUGUAUAGCUACACUAGAUGUAUUAGCGCAUAUGUUUAGUUGGAUUGAAUCUUCGGAACAUAUCUUAACAAACUUACUAGAUGUCAUUUUUACGUGUGCCAGGUAUCAUGAAGCAAUGAAUGGCAAGCAGAUAGAAGUGGCUGUACAGGCUGUGACCACAAUAAAUGAACUUUUAUAUCGACCACUAUUCUCUCCAGAUGUAACUGAUGGAUUGUUAGUUGAAAUAUUCCAGAAUGGAGUUACAUUAUUUCAGUAUAUGGAACGUUUGGAUUCCAUAGAUGAAAGUUAUAUGGAGAAGCUGACAGAGUUUUUGCAAUUAUUUGUAACGAACCAUCUAAAGAGAGUUGAGUCGUGUCCUAAAUUUCCAGUGAAUACAUUGUUAGAAGUUUUGUGCCAUCACACUUUUCAACAGUGUUCAACAGUAAACGGAUAUCUAAGAUGCUUAGAUGUUUGGAUUACUCUCUUAGAAAGUACUCAAUCUCGCUAUUCGCCAGUAGCAUUAGCCCUUGCCGAGCGAGUACUGCAAAAAAUGAGUUUUAAACUCAACACGCGUACGCUGAAAGAUCUUGACACUGAAAGUUUAGAUGAAAAUGAGGAAACUGAGUGGCAACAUUUUUUGAGAUGCAAUGUAGAAUGUUUGGCGAAAGUCGCAGAAAUUUCUCCAAUUCCAGUAUUUACGUUGCUGUAUCGUUCAUGGAAAGAAGGAUUAAUAAUAUUUGGAGAAUUAGGCGCUGCUAUAGCUACCAACCAAGUAAUUUUGUUAAAUGAUUGUGAAGCAUCUAAUGUACAUGCUCAUUUGCGUGAUUUAGCUUCCACUACUCAAGCGUUAGCCAGAUUAUAUUCACUCUUUCUUGGGAAUGAACAAAGUAUUGAUCAGUCAUUAGCUGAGGAAGUAGUGUCCCAAACACUGGAUGCAUGUAAAUUUGCCAAGACUAACCAAUUGUACAAAGCAUCAUUACAACCUGCUGCAAUUGUGAUAGAUCUUAUAGAAGUUCAUUCACAGUUAUUAGCAUCCCUUCAAGCCUGGUGCCAUUGGAUAGUAAACAGGUCCGAAAAGAUUAAGGAAUCGCUUUGUCAACGUUGCAUCGAUUCCUGCAUUUUGGCAUUAGAUUAUACAACAUUCUGUGAUAGUCCUCUGCCGGCGAGUCUUACACAUUCUACUACACAUCUUUUCCAAAGUAUCACUGCUAUUUUAAAGCCCGUUUUAUGGGAUGAGCCUGCAUUUAGAAAUUUAAUUUCCAUGGUAACAUACCCAUUCUUAAAACCUGAUACGAUGAAAGUGCUACGAAGAGCGUUAUCCAGGCAUUCUAAUUCUUCCUUAUAUCUCUCAUGUACCAUGGUAUCAACAUUAUCCACACCUCUGGGUUCAGAAAGUCAACCUAUACCUUCAGAAUCCACAAUAUCAAUGACAGUAGUGCCAUUAACUCAGUUACUAGAGGACUGUUCUUCGUCAUCCACGACGAUUAAAAAGAUGUUGUAUUCUUGUUUGGGAUCCACGAUAAACCGAACGUUAGAGCUAUUGCCAUAUAUGAUAAGAUGUCAAAGUAUAUGUGAGAUUUUACUUAGCUUCCUGCAUUCAGUGUUUUCAGUAUUACAACAGCAAUUAGGCCCAGAGUUUACUCAGAAUGCAGUUCAAGGGAUGUUGCAUAUUUAUACGAGGGAAAAUAUAUCGGUGGGACCUGCAUUGGACCAAUUAUUAGAAAUUUUAAUAUUAGUUGUAUCAGCACCUAGCAAUGCAUUUAAAGCGUUUGUUCCCUCUGUGACCAGUUUGUGUUUGGGUCAAGUGUGGCCAGCGGUUGGAAAUAAUCUCAGUGCGCAUCCGGAUACCACGCUUGUCUUAUUAAAACUAUUCCAUAGUAUUCUGAUGCAUCGAUGGCAAUACUUUUAUAACACUUCCGUUUUACGAACUCUUGGUCAUACGGACGAAGAAGAAUCUGUUGAGCACAAGGAAGAAUUGGUCGCCAUCUUGGAAGCUUUUGGUCAAGCCCUUCUUCAGCCAGAUGUUAACAUAUUCCGACAAAGUUUACAGAGUCUUGAACAGUUGAACGUACGAUGGCGACUUUACCAAAGAUCUGUGUUUAAGGUGCAUCUGCUGGAGAGAUUCUUAAUGGCAUUAUUCACCGUUUUAUUUCAACAAUCUCACAAUUUACUGGCAGAUGAAAUUGCAGCAGCCAUUCAUAGUUUAGCUUCUGUUAACAUAGGAUGGUUCUUUGGACAUUUUCUGCCAACAUUUUUGGGAAGCUGUGAAUGUGUGGAUGAUAUGCAAAAAGCUACAUUAUUAGGAAACUUUGAUAAGUCUACAGAUCAACCAACAUUAACAAGAUCAGUGCUUCAAUUGAUUUCUGAUCUGAGAUGCUACCAAUUUUGUCGACCCGUUUGAGUAGUUACAUUCCAAUGAUGAAAUUGACUACAUUAACGUAAUUUAAUAAAUUUUCUUUGCGCCUC